GAGCUCCGCGCCGAGCACGGCUUCGCGGAGGAGGACCUGGAGUUCUUCGUGACCGCCCACGGCGAGAUCACCGAGGGGCGCCUCCUGGAGUUCGCGAAGUUCCUGGAGACGAAGGAGGCGAAGCCGAAGAGGCAGUCCACCGGCGCGCCGGUCAAGCGCAAGGGCGCCCUCGCGUCUGGGGCCCUACGAACGCAGGCGCUGAGCAUCCUCGCCCCAGGCCUCCGCAGCGCUGGCGCGCCCCCGCCCGCGGGGGCGGCUGCCGAGGGCCGCGAGGCGGGCGCCUCCCGCGAGGUGGUGACGCCCGCCUCGAAGCGGCUGCGGACGGACUGGGACCAGGACCUCGCUCGGCCGGAGGCGCGGGGCUCGACUCGCCGCCGCCCGUCCGGAGGCCGCAGUACAGGUUCACGCCCAAGUCCUCGGUCUCGGACGGGAGCUCCGGCGACGAGAAGCACGAGGACGCCAAGGGGGCGCCGCUGCCGCCCGCCGAGGUGCGGCUCCUGGGGGACCCCGCCCUGUGGAGCGGCAAGCGGCAGGGCGCCUACAGCUGGAUGGACGAGUCGCUCGAAGACAGGACGGCGGCGCGGGACCGGCGGCUUUCCACACUGGAGGGCCACAUCGUGGCCGCGCUGCAAGCACGACCGGGCGGCGAGGGUAUCGCGGUUGGCCAGGUCGGCGUCCCCUCCCAGGCGGAGGUGGCCAUGUGCGGCCGCAUCGUCUGCGAGGGCCUGGACGGCCGCCUGAACGAGCGCUCGCUGCUGCUCGAAGGCUCCCGCGCGGCGGCGAAGGGGGCCCGGGUGCAGCUCAGCGUGGCCGACUGCGCGAGCCUGGCCGCCUUCCCGGGGCAGAUCGUGGGCGUGGUCGGGCGGAGCGGCGGCAUGAUGGGCACCACUUUCCACGCCAAGGAGCUCAUUCCGGGCAUUCCGCCCGCGCCGGUGGCGGCGAAGAACGAGCGGCCCGUGCGCAUGCUGGUGGCGGCGGGGCCGUUCUGCCUGCGCGACGGCCUGGACUACGCUCCGUUGGAGCAGCAGGUGCUCGAGCACGCCGCGAGCCAGCGGCCGCAGGUCCUGGUCCUGAUGGGGCCAUUCUUGGACGCCGGCAACCAGAAGGUCCUGUCCGGGGAGACCUGCCUGCCAGGCAGCGACGAGCCCUGCCCCUACGAGGAGUUCUACGAGCGGCGCCUGCUGCCCCUGCUCCGCCGCGGGCUGGCGCCGCUGCGGCAGGGGCCCUCGCCCGUGGAGGUCCUGUGCUUCCACCCCAUGCCGCAGCCGCCGCUCGACACGGCGCUCGAGCCGCUGGGCUUGGGCGACGCGCUGCAGCCGCUGCGGAGGCUGGGGGUGAAGUUCCUGCCCAACCCCGCGCACGUGCAGGUGAACGGGCUCCGCGUGAGCCUGACGUCCGCGGACGCGCUCACGCCCGUCCUGCGGGAGAUCGUGCUGAGGCCGCCGCAGGGCAAGAAGAUCGAGGAGGCCCACCGGCUGCUGCUGCGGCAGCGCAGCCUCUUCCCCGCGGUGCCCCGGGACCCCGCGCAGGUCUCGGAAGCGAGGAGCGGCGCGCUGGACUUCCCAGACCUCCUGGAGCCGGACGUGUGCAUCUUCCCUUCCCUCUCCGGCACGCCCACCGGGGCCUUCGUCGACAGCUCCGUCUUCGUGAACCCGGGCUCGCUGUGCCGGCCUGCCGCCCUGGGCACCUUCGCGGACCUGCGCGUGGCGGCGUGCGGGCCCGCGCCGGACGCGGCCGGGGCCAGGCCCGUCUCCGGGGGCUCGGAGGAAUCCGUGCAGUAA